AGAGCUUUGGCGUUCACUUCAGAUCUGUCUGUGUCUGCUUAUUUCUCAAUUGCUCCGUCGCAGUGAUGAGUAGGAGAUACAGCCCGCCUUAUUACAGUCCUCCGAGGAGAGGAUACGGUGGUCGUGGCAGAAGCCCUCCUCCUCCUCCUCCGCGACGUGGAUAUGGUGGUGGUGGACGUAAGGGACAUGGAAGUCUUCUUGUUCGAAACAUUCCUCUUGAUUGCAGACCAGAAGAGCUUCGUGUUCCUUUUGAGAGGUUUGGUCCUGUGAGGGAUGUCUAUAUCCCUAGAGACUAUUACUCAGGGGAACCUCGCGGGUUUGCUUUUGUGGAGUUUGUUGAUGCAUAUGAUGCUGGGGAGGCUCAAAGAAGCAUGAACAGGAGAGUAUUUGGUGGUCGAGAGAUAACUGUGGUUGUUGCUUCAGAGUCUAGGAAAAGGCCUGAGGAGAUGCGUGUGAAGACUAGGACUCGUAGCAGGGAACCUUCUGGCUCUAGAGGUCGUUCUCAUGGACGGUCUCGUUCACGUUCAAUCUCUAGAUCACGCUCUCCCCGUCGUCCAUCUGACUCUAGGAGCAGACGCCGAUCUAGGUCUUAUUCUCCUGCGCCAAGACGAAGAGGAGCAGACUAUUCAGCAUCUCCAAGGAGAAGACAAGAAGAACGUCCACGAUCACCACUAAGAAGUCCUCCUCGAGGAGAAGAAGAUGGAAAAUACAGUCGCAAGUCUUAUUCCCCUGGCUAUGAAGGUGGUGCUGCUGCUGACCGGGACAGAAAUGGAGAUCAUGAGACUAGAGAAAAACCGGACUAUGAACCAGAGGAAAGGCGUCGUGGUGGAAGAGAGGUUUCAAGGUCACCAUCAGGAUCCAGGUCUAGAUCCGUGGAAGCGUCUCCAAGAUGAAAACUAUGUAUGUUAAAAGAAAGAGAACAAAACUUUGUGCAACUCUCUGUCUCUCUAUGGUGUUUCUUUAGUAGUGAACUCUUGUGUCCUCGAGAACUCCUUACUUUGGCUUGUUAAACAUAUUCGUCUUGUGAUGGUACUUGAGAGAUUCUCAGUUUGUGGUUUUUUUUAAUAUUUGUGUGAAGAAGUU